AUGGCAUCAAGGGCAUUGGCAACAACUACUUUCCUCCUCGCUCUCAACCUUGUAUUCUUCACUCUUGUAAGUUCAACAUCUUGCCCACCACCACCAAAGAUCCCUAAGCCACAUAAAGAUCACCAACACAAACCCACAUGUCCUAAAGAUACACUCAAGCUAGGUGUGUGUGCAAAUGUGCUCAAUGACUUGGUUCACCUUGUCGUCGGUACACCAGCAACCACUCCUUGCUGCAGCCUCCUUGGCAACCUUGUAGAUCUUGAGGCAGCGGUUUGCCUAUGUACCGCCAUUAAAGCAAAUGUCUUGGGUAUCAAUCUUAAUGUGCCAGUUUCUUUGAGCUUGUUGCUUAAUGUCUGUGGAAAGAAGGUGCCAAAGGGCUUCAAAUGCGCAUAG